AUGCUAGCGGAUACCACUAAGGAUAACUGGCCCAAGAAGUGGACCGAGUUCCUUACAUUUGCACUCCGGAUAUUUACAUCACUACAACGAGAAGGCCACCAUGCCAAGGCCGAAACCAAGGACCCGAACGCUAUGGAGGUUGAUGCAGUCGGGAAGAAGGGAAAGAGUAAAUCGGGCAAAGCGCGAAGCGUGCAAGACGACAAGUUGGUCUGCGCCAAUUGCAAGAAGAACAAGCCGACAUUCUUCAAAUCGUCGAAACGUUUCGGCAAGUAUUGCAUCGAUUGUUUCAAAUUGGACCAUGUCAAGAGGCAGAUUGAGACGGAGAAAGAGACAGCUGCGAAGAAGAAGGACGGGAAGAAGAAGGACGACGCCAGGAAUAAAUCCAAGUCGUCCAAGACCUCUGACACCGAAGAAGAGAAGAAGCCAAAGAAAAAGAGCUCUUCCUCUAAGACUAAGGGGAAGGGUAAGGAGACAGCUGCACAUAUCAGCGACCGCAGCAUACACUCGGAAAGCGAGCCUGAUGCAUCCGAGUCAGACGAAGAUUUCGUCGCGAUCCUCUCAAGGCUCAGGUGCCUGAGGGCGAAUGGAUCCAGUUCAUCAAGGAAGGCAGGAGAGGGCUCUUCAAGGAAGGAUCAGAAGGGUUUUCUCAAAGGGGAUCUGUAG